AGCCUAUUCGGCUCACCCAGUUAUCCCCUGGGCCUUAUAAAAUACUUUUUAAUUGGCCUCAAAGUGCCAGAUGACUAUGAUGACCAUGGUCAAGAGCCUUCAAUGGAUAACAUACACAUUUGAUUGAAACAAAAUUAGUGUGCAGAUAAAGAAAACGUUUACGCUAUAAAUGAGCCUGCCUACAAUAUUUUUUAAACUAUGUGCUUCUGAAAACACUAGAUGGCGACAUUUGCACGUGUUUGUCAUUUCUGCUACUUGGAGGUUAUUCAUCCAUCGUCAACUCAAGUUUUCAAUUUUAUGUAAAUGAAGCAAGAUAAUACAUAGAUCAGAAACAACUUUCGAACAGCGGUCUCCUUUGGACAGAAUGCCAAAAAGGGGAUGCCCAGUUGUCGUGCACAUGGAUGAUGUACAAGCGGAGUCACCCAGUAGGGCUAUGACACCUGAAAAAGAGGAUGGGGGACCUACUCAACGGCUGCAGGCAGACACUAUGACUGAAGAUGUGAGUACUCGUUGCUCAGUUUGUGACUUCUCAGCAAAAUGCCCAAGAUCGCUGAAGAUUCAUUAUGCACGGAAACAUAAAAAGAGCACAAAUAAAGCUGCUGAACCUCCUGAGGACAGGCAAACCAUUUCUGAUGAUAGUACACGUGAAGUUCAAAAAGAAAUUGACAUGGAGACAGAAUGUCCUGCUGAGUCAAAUCCAGGGUUAGGGUCAGAUGAUCCAAGAUCUGCUUCUCUCGACAAUGAUGGUGGUAACGUUGCAAUAUCAGACAAGCAGGCAAAACAAGAGCAGGGAAUAUCCAGUCAAGAGCGAAGAGUGAGCAAACGAACCCCCAAACCCAAGAUAAUCUACUCAUGUAACUUCUGUGGCCUUGAGUUUCGGGACAAAUCUCCUCUCGAUGUACAUAUACAGCGAUACCACAGUAAAGACAGCCCACGCACUGUUGAUGCAGACGUGUACAUGGAUGAAGAGGACUCUGAGACCACUGAAAGUGCUUUCAAGAUAACCCCUGCACAAGGGGAGCCAAAACGUACAGGGAGCAGAUUGAAGCUGAAUUGUGCAAACUGCGAUUUCAAGGUUUUCACAGUUUCGUUGCUAGAGAGCCACGCUCGUGUCAAGCACCCGGGCCUGGAUUGGUACCGCUGCAAAUUGUGUAACUUCUUUUCCGCUACAUCUGAAUGGAUGGACAAACACCUGUGCUCAGAUACUCACAAGCAACAUAUGAGCAGGCAUAAUAGUGCUUCUCAUUCCUCCUAUGUUGAGAGAGUAGCCAAAGGAGAUGGGGGUGAAGACGGCAUAGCUGGUGUGGCUCAGGAAAUUAAAGAGUCAAUGGAGGCUGCUAAAGUUGUAGUGGAUGAGGAAGACUUGGAAUCAGAGCCUCCAAAACCUAAAAGAGUGAGACCAAAACAAGCAUCUUCAACCAAAUGUGGUUAUUGCGGCUUGGUGGUAUCUAAUGCUACCAACCUCGGUGUCCAUGUCCGCCGUAAACACAGCAAAGAGUAUGUAUACAGGUGUACUCUGUGCUGCUAUAGCUGUGUUACCAAAGGAGACAUUGAUCGCCAUUGUAUCACUAAGAAACACAGGAAACGUGUGCAACAAUGUGAAAAUAGCAGCCCUGUCAAAAAUCUUGGAGGCCCUUUACCCCAGGAACCCACAGAUACACAAUCCCAGGAACCAAAAGAAGCUUCUUUUACCAGAAACAUGGAGCAGGAAUCACAAGGCUCCAAAAAACACAGUGAUGAAGAGCAAACACUGUCAUACACAUGCUCAGUACAAGGUGAAUAUGACUCUGUUGCUUGCAGUCACUGCAAUUUUAUAGCUCACUCAGUCCCCUCCCUCGAUCUUCAUGUGAAACGAAAGCACACAAGAGACUUCGAAUAUGUCUGUUUGGCAUGCAGAUACUAUGCUGUAACAACCGGGGAAAUGUCUCGCCAUGCCAGUACAGAGAGACACAAGCAGAAAAGCCAGAAAUUCCAGGCACUACAAGGGAAUGGUGGCCAAAAAUCUUUGCAGUCCCCGGCAGGACUCGGUGAGGUUAUUGAUCUUAGCGGUGCAACAGUUCAUGUUGAGUCUGAACCUUUAAGCCUUUCAGAUGAGCUAGAGCUAAGUUCAGAAGAAAGCCAAAAAGAAAAAAAUCAGUACACGGUGGCACCUUCUGUUCCUGUUGAGCCUGUUGAUGCUGUGGGGAUGUUAGCUGACAAAGCAAAGGAGAAGAAACCAGAGAGCAUUGCAUCUUCCUCUGGUGAUGCUCAAGAUUUGACUCACUUUACAGUAGAGCAAACAGCAGAGGCUGCGAAUAUGCCCCAAGCAGAACUUGAAGUGGUACAGUCUUCACAGCAAGAAAUUCAAGAAAAAGAUGACAAAUUCAUUGAAGGGACAAGUGCAGAAAAAAGUUCAGAUUCAGUUCCAAGAAUGUCUACUGCCCGACCUUUUGAUACCUGCAUUGUGUCCGUAAAGGCCCUCCCUAAGCAGGAGCAGGCAUUGCUGGAGGGCGUUGCACUCGAGGGUGAGGUUGUUGUUAAAGGCUUGACAGGAGAAGCACCAGUACCGUCUGGGCUCUUGUCCCAUUAUGUCAAAAAGCUUAAACAGAAGGAAGUGAGCGUUGAAACCAAAGUGAGAAGCACCCGAAUUCGCUGUGCUGACUGUGGCUUUUUGGCAGAUGGCCUAAGCGGCCUGAAUGUCCACAUGUCAAUGAAGCACCCAACAAAGGAUAAGCAAUUCCACUGUAUGGUGUGUGGCAAGUCAUUCUACACUGAGAGCAACCUUCAUCAACACCUGGCCAGCUCUUCCCACCUCCGAAAUGAGCAGAACAGCCUUGAUGAACGUGAUGACGGCAGAGCAUGCUUCAAGUGCACAAAAUGCACAGAUCGCUUUGAAACGGAGCAAGAUCUGUUCAUUCACAUCAAGGAGAAACAUGAUGAGCUGCUGAAACAAGUCAACAAGUAUGUGAUCGAGGACACAGAACAGAUUAAUCGUGAGCGGGAGGAGCACCAAGGCAACAAGUGCAAGUACUGUGGCAAGGUGUGCAAGAGCAGCAACUCCAUGGCCUUCCUGGCACACAUUCGCACACACACUGGAUCCAAACCCUUUCUUUGUAAGAUCUGCCACUUUGCAACGGCUCAGCUGGGAGAUGCCAGAAACCACGUGAAAAGGCACCUUGGCAUGAGAGAGUACAGAUGUGACGUCUGUGGAUGGGCCUUUGUGAUGAAGAAACACCUCAGCACCCACCUACUUGGAAAACAUGGAAUUGGCCAACGUAAGGAGAGGAAGUUCGAGUGCAAAUUGUGCGAGCGCUCCUUUAGUGAAAAAUGGGCCCUGAACAACCACCUGAAACUGCACAGUGGGGAGAAACCAUAUAAGUGUUCCUGGCCAUCCUGUCACUAUGCCUUCCUCAACCUGUCAGCCAUGAAGGACCAUUAUCGCACACACACUGGUGAAAAGAGUUUCCUGUGUGACCUGUGUGGUUUUGCUGGAGGCACACGGCAUGCUCUCACUAAGCACAGACGCCAGCACACAGGAGAGAGACCCUUCAAAUGUAAACUUUGCAACUUCGCUUCGACCACGCAGUCCCACCUGUCAAGACAUAAUCGUGUUCACACUGGGGAGAAACCAUACCGUUGCCCCUGGUGCGACUACAGAUCCAACUGUGCUGAGAACAUUCGGAAGCACAUCCUCCACACAGGAAAACAUGAGGGAGUGAAGAUGUAUAACUGUCCAAAAUGUGACUAUGGCACCAACUCUCCCAUAGAGUUCCGCAACCACCUAAAGGACAUCCACUGUGAUAUUGAGAAUCCAGACCUUGCUUACCUACAUGCAGGUAUCGUGUCCAAGUCUUUUGAGUGCCGUCUUAAAGGCCAGGGGGCUUCUUUUGUGGAGACAGAGGUUGUGGACUCCUCUGUGGACAGGAAGCUCAGCAAUGAAGGAGAUGUCCAGCAGGUCAUCAUCAUCCAAGGCUACAGUGAUGAAGAGGUGGCCGUCGACCAGACCCUGGAGGAGUCUGCCGCUGCCACACUGCAGACUCUGGCCAUGGCGGGCCAGAUGGCAGAGGUCCUCCACAUCACAGAAGACGGACAAGUUAUCGCCUCAGGUAGGGAGGUGGCGUCUGCAGGGGCCCAGCUCGCCAGAGGGAGCACCCGGUAUGUGGUGCUGUCAACAGGGGAGGCUGCCAAUGAGCUACAGGCCACAGCCCGAGGCGCCUCUGAAGCCACGGGAAGAAGUCACAUCGUGUCAGAGUCGUCCACGGCUCUGGAUGCCCUCCUCAGCGCUGUGAGCAAGAUGGACCACCAGGAGAAAAUGCUCGGAGAGGCAUCUGCCACUGACGAGGUCGCGCCCCCCGAGACGGCCGAGACCGUGCAGAGUGAAGCGCGGCCGCUGGUCAAACAGGAGGAGGAGGUGCAGGUCAUUAACCAGACCGGUCAGGAGGACAUGCAGAACCUGCUGCAGCUGGCAGCCUCUCGGAUGAUUAAGGAAGGUCUCACCCAGGUCAUCGUCAACGACGAGGGCACUCACUACAUCGUUACCGAGCUGGACAACUGCACCCUACAGGUAGAGGGAGGCGUGUAUGAAGUGGCCGCAGCCGGAGAGCAAGAGGCUGAGGGCCAUCACGAUGACGCCCCUUAAUUCGACGAGUGCUGUUUGUCUUGGCCAGGAAUUUUUUUUUCAUCCUCACCCCUCAACGUAACUCCACAUAGACAGCUAGUAUACAAUGAAGGAAGAGGACUGUUUUAAAAAAUAAACAGAUGACUAUUUUGGGACCACCCAGACGAAGCUAAAUUAAUGCCAAGCCACGUUCCUGGGAGCUUGUUUUACAUUUAAUAUCACAAACUGUAAAUGCUCAUCAAUAAGGUGUCCCUAUGUAAUCUGCUUUGAAGUGUUGCAGUGGAUGUAUUGUUUUUUUCCCCGCCAUAAGGCUUUGUUUAACAUUACUUGAAGCUCUCCAAUUUUUGUCUUCUGUCCUUUGAAGUUAUUAGCAUAUGAUUAGCUACAAAACACUGUUUUGCAUAGUUUGAAAGCACAUCUUAUAGUUAGUUGGAUUAUGCAUCGCUGAGGCUGUAUUAUGGCUACAUUAUGCAUACGGGUUGAAGGCCAUUUGCUUAUUUGUGAGCUCGGUGUAUUCUAAAUUCAUUUUCAUUUCUAACAAUAAAGAUUGAAGCCAAUUAUAACAAGUGCAUCCAUAGGUUUUCAUUGUUGUCCUGACACUUUAUUGUCGUGUUUGCAGUGAUUGUCAUGUAAUUUCAGCACCAAUACGGCAAUUACGUUCACAGCACUGUGCUGUCCAGUGAGAAACCUCCAUGCACAUACAUGCAUUAAGUGAUAGCUCCCAUCAUGCUUUCUGAACACUAACACAGUCAUUAUCAUCACCAUUAUCAUUAUCACCACAAUGAUCACCAUCACCCUAAUCGCCGUCCUCUCUUCCUUUCCCCCAUCAGGCCAAUUCCCUUCAUUGCAUGUAACACACUCAUCGUUUCCCCCCCUCUGCAGUAUUUGGCACUGGAGGGAGAAUCAAUAUUCAUUUACGCCGCUACACAGGCCUGUAGUUUCUGAUGGAGUGAGUGGGAGAGCAGUAUGACGGCUGUGAGCACAAUGGCUGACCGCUAAAAGUAGAGGGAGAAAGCACUCACACACUACGAGGGCAUCAAAAGAUCAUCCCUUGAACACAAAUACGCACACACAUACACACUCAGCGAGCGAGAAGGUGGGCUGAGAGAGAAAGUGCUGGACGAGUGGGCAGCAGAAAUGAGAGGAUUGCAGAUGGAUGUUGAGCGAGGUGAGGCCACAGAAGUGGAAGAGCAGUAAAGCCCACAAACAUACAGAGCCAGCAAUUUCACAAAACACCAGUCUGCUUUUUAAACCUGUCUUGGUCACCUCUUCUCACAUUCAUACAGCAUUUAUAAAGUCAAACUUUUCAUCCUUUUUUCCCUCUCCCUUUACAGAAAAGGCCUGAGCGUAUAUAAACCUUUUCGUGGCGUCAGUAAUGUAAAGUACCACAAUAUUAAAGUAAUGUAACUUUUUACUUUCAAUUACUUUUGGAUGAAUCCAACACCAAAUAUGAGAAAAGAAAAUCAAUAUGAAUAAAAUCUAUCUAUAUAUGCUCUCACCAGCAUGACUAACGAGCUCACACUUUUCUUUGUACUGUACAUCUUAUUUCAUUUGCGACAAGCAAAUUCUUCCUCGCCAGCACAACUUUAACGCCAACGUAAACUCCCACGGCCCAAAUGGCAGUCAGGAUUACCCCUUUGCCCACAAUAUCGCGGCUAUGACCGUGCAAGUGGAGUCAUGGUGGAGGCAUUGAGCUAUAUUAUGACAAUUUAUACACGUUGUGCUGCUAACUCUGGAAAAUGUUGCUCCGGCCGCUAGUUUGAAAGACGCCUAGGGCUGAAAUUAACAACCGGCCUCAAUUGUAAUCCUGCGAAAUAAUCCCAAAUUUAAAUAAAUGUAAUGUACCUGUAAUCUGAUUCUAUGUUGUUGUUGUUGUUUUUUUCUGGAACUGUAAACGGAAUACAGUUAACUUUUGUUUAAUUCUGCAGCUGCAGAUUGGAACCCUGUCAGAAAUGUGAGGCAGACGUGAGACCCACUACGCCGUGCUGUUUGAAAAACAUAAAAUUGUAACAAGGAUUUGAUUCACGCACACAAAAAUCCUUUUUUAGUAUGCAUUUAGUAUGAUUGUAUCCAUCAAAUUACUGCAUUGUAAUCCGUAAUGUCAGGUUUGAAAAAACUUUUAAAAAUUAUUAAUGAAAUUCAUUCAUAUUCAAAUAAAUAAUUUAUGAAUGAAGUACCUCUGACAGUGUCUGAGCAACAUUAUCGUCUGUAAGGGAAGAAUUUCUGAUACAGCUCUUUUGCUCAUUACAUUGUGCAAAGGUACCUAAUAUUGUAACUUCUGUGUGUAUAUUGAUAGCAUGCAAGCAUUCUUUUGACAUUGACUUCAGUUUAGUCUGUCUGAAGCAUUUUACUGUGUGUCAAUCAAAGUGAGAUUGAGUGAAACAGGGUCCGUGACCUCCACUAGCAUCACCGACAAACUGUUGAGGACUCUGUUCUAAAUAUGGACGCCUGUCAAUUCAUAUGCACAGUUAUUAUUCUCCACCUCUGACUGAGUGAUCGUGCGCUGUAUUGUAUGCGUUUCCGACCCUCCCUCACUGUGUGUAUCUCCCUAAUCAGUGCAGGAUGUCUCGUUAUUAACUGCAGCAGACCACUUGUGUGACAUGGAGGAGGGAGAAAUUAGCAGCUGUCACCCAGUGAUGAGUUAAUUUCCUGACAGGCUUUCUGCUGCAGAUGACCAGACGGCUGAUGGAAACCUGCCGCUGAAGUUUAAUUGGAGAGCAGGAAAGGGCAGUGGGGGAGAAGGGGAAUCGGGGAUUGAGAGGCGAGACACGAGGAGGACAAAGUACAGACCAGGCUGCAAAUGAUGCACAGUAAAAGUAUUACAUUAUAUUCAUGGUUGACUAAUCAGGAAGAGGCUGCUUUGUUGGAAUGAUCUUUGCUGUUCUCUGUAAAUGUAUGCACAAGAAACCCAUUCAUUUGGACAGUCUGUACAACAAUCGAGUAAAAAUGUUAAAAUGUAAGAAGUUUUUGUCUCAUUGUGUUCCACACCCAGAUGACAUUAUCAGACCCAGUUACACUGUUGCAACAAUGUUUAAAAACUAGACUUUACACCGAUUUUAGCGGGCUGAUCGGUAUCGGCCGAUAUUUAGCAUUUCAUGCUGAUCGGCUUUAAUGUCAUAAUUCGCCGAUCCGAUCAAUGCUCCGCAAAAUACAUUUACUCCGCGUCGCCGCAUGCACAGUAUAUUUGAAUCCAAAAGCUAGUUUAUUUUUAGCCUUGUCGCGUGUCUUUUGACGUAGUAUUGGAAAUAGCUGACGGCCAAUAAAGUUUUUUUUUUUUAAAAACAUGUCGGCGGUGUGGAACAGACAACACGUCUGAGACAGACAACACGUAAUGGCCGGAUUAAAAAACAAGACAAAUUUGCUCUUUCACGAUUGCCCUAUGUCAGACUACUGCAAUAAAAUAGCCUAGCAAGCUAGUGGUACCACGAACGGUUGUACGUAAACAUUCCGCCGUUCUGUCGAAUCAUGCUCUAAAGUUUUGGUGUGGGUGAAGUAAUUUAAUUAAAAAUAAAGUAAUUGAAUUACAAUAAGUUAUUUCUGUCAUGUAAUGUUGGUUUGACCUGACUGAUUAGAAUACACGAUCUGACUUGAGCAGUGAUUUCCAACCUUUAUGGAGCCAAGGCACAUAUUUUACAAUUGAAAAAUCUCUCACGGCACACCAACAAAGUAAAAUGUCACAAAAAGUGGAUACAUAAAUUACUGUAUUUACUUUGUGGCGUCUAAUAGAAGACCAUUCAUUUGUUGUCUGUCACUAUGCCUCACUGGCAUAAAUAGAGGAACAAAGACACCAUUUUUAUUGUAAAUGUAAUUUUUUGAGAAAUUAAGUACACAAGUAUAUACACUAAAUGAACAAGUCAUUUAAAUAAACACAUUCCUCCAUCUUGUGAUCGGAUCCGUGAUCGGUUAUCGUUUUUUUAAACUCGCUGAUCGGCCCCAAAAAUCCUGAUCGUGUAAAGCCUACUAAAAACACUGUCACUGUCACACCCUGUCUGUCACCUCUUUGAUCCACUUGGUCUUAUCCAAAAUUGUAUAUUUAAUCAUCUGUGUAUAUUUGGGUUGAGAAUGUGAUGGACAUUUCUUUGGAGAAGAUUUAUUGAUCUUAUCUUGAGCAACGCAAACACAACAGACCCAUGUUUCACCAUUCAUGAACGUUCAUGCAUCCGCGCAUCCUCCGUUGUAGAAUUUGAGGUUUUUCGUGUUCCCACAGGACAAACAGUAUUACUGAUGUUUUUAAAAAAGUAAAAUGUAACGUGUAAAAAUGUACACUUUGAGACACAUUGUUAAACGUUUGCCUUCUUACUCAUAACCAUGUAUAUACAAGGGCCCAAAAUGACACCAUUUUG